AUGGCUGACAAAAUGACCUUCCUUGACGCCACCAAAGCUCGUCGCUCCCUAUACUCUCUUGCUAAAGGAUCUCCCAUCUCUGAUGAUCGUAUCAUCUCUAUCGUCGAGCAUGCGAUCCGUUAUGCGCCAUCGCCGUUUAAUGCUCGCUCUUGCCGUUGCAUCGUUCUCUUCGGCAACGACCAUGAUAAACUCUGGGAGAUGGGUGCUGCAGCCAUCCAACGAUGUAUGCCCAUGGCUGUAGACAUCUUGAUUCCAAAGGUCCAGGGCUUCCGCGGGGCAUAUGGCACAGUGUGUACUGCUAUCCAAUCCUGCUCAGGUCGUCAUGCUGAGUCUAGCUUCCCANNGGUCUUGUUCUUCGAGGAUGUAGACUCUGUCAAGGAACUCAAUCCUCGGUUUGCUAAGAUGUCUGAGGAGAAUCCGGANAUUCUUCAAGGGUACGAUCACAGUAGCGGAAUGCAUCAAUACGUUGUUUGGACAGCCCUCGAAGCCGAAGGUCUUGGGUGCAAUCUCCAGCAUUACCAGGACAUGAUGCACGAGCAAAUGUAUACCGAGUGGAGGAUCCCUGAAACCUGGCAAGCAAAAGCUCAGUUGGUAUUUGGAAAACCAUUGUCGGGUCCGUUGGUGGACAAGGAAAAGACAUUCCGCGACACCGAGGACUGUAUCAAGGUUUAUGGCCGAUAG